CACACAAGACGCACGUACCGUCCGAUUGUAAACUUCUGACGAUUUCACGACGAAGUUUAAAACAAAAAGGUUUUUAAAGACCAGUUCGAUAUUCAAAAAGUGUUGUGGUUUUGUAAUAGUAAAAGUGUAAUAUAAUAUAAUUAUUGUAAACAUGACAACAUUGUUUUUUGUUUUGUUAUUGAUAACAAGUAGUUCUGGAGCAGAUUUGCCUGAAGAAGAAAGCUGUGAUUCAAGCCAGCUGAAGGUUUGCGUAGACAGUAUACCACGAACACGAGUUGGUCUACCGCGUAAUAAAGAAGAGCUAGAUGCGCACUGUUUGGCAUACAAUAUCGGCAUGUCGUGCAUGGACGAGUGGAUGAAGCGUUGCCUGCCAACAGACGGUCAGAAAAUCAUACAGCGACAGAUAGCUGGUGCGCAGAUUCUCAUGCGCUAUCUCUGCUCAAAUGGAACUGCUGUGAGAAAAGAGUACCUGCGAGAGCCAGCGUGCCUGGCAAUGGUGUCAGCCGAUUGGUCGGGCUGUGUGGACGAUCUGCAAAUGGCUGUCAGAGAUAUCGCAGAGCGCUCUCAGCAAAUUGUUUACUUCAACAGAAACUCAGAAUUUUGCUGCGCCCGUGACGAGUUCCUGGCGUGCGUGUCGCGCGCGGCGCGGGCGUGCUCAGCCAGGGCGGGCACCGUGCUUCGUCGUAUCGCGUGGGUGCUGGCACAGGAUGUCGCGGCGUGCAGCAACGAACCGCGCGCGCAUUGUGCCGCCCCUCAGACGCCGCCAGCACGCCUCACUGCACCCCUGCUCACCGCGCUAUACGCACUGCUCUUCCCGCCUCUACAAUAGAUGAGCCGUGCUAUGAAAGCGUCUGGCACUUAGUACGUUUUGAUGUUUACGUUAAAUAAGUUCAUUCGGUUCAUUUCAUGCAGUAGAUGUUCUUUGUCUGGCCAUAGUUCUCUCGAAGAAUCCAGGCCAUAUGAAGGAUCUGAGCGCCUGGUGGACGACGAAAUAUCGUCAAUGUAUCCAAAAGUGAUGGGGCAAACAAUACAGAGGAUCGUCAUCUCAUAAAAGGGAUAUACGCACUUUGUGAUCCCAACUGUAGGUCUGCGUCUGCUAAGAACCGCGUGGAUUGUGUUCUUUUUGCUCUUGCCACGUGCAUGCAGAAGCAAUUUUGAUCGUUACUAUAUUUUGUUGGAGGCCAACGUAUGCUAUUCAGGUAGAAGCGGUUUAAUAAUGUAUUUAAAUAAGGACAACGAUGUCUUUAAAGAAGACAUAAAUUUUUUAAUUAAAUGUAAAGAUGGAUGUAAUAAAUAAUU